AUGUCGCCAUCAAGGACUUUGGUGCUUUGGUCGCUUCUGCUGCUGCUGCCGUUGAUUGUUUCUCUCCCAUUCGACAACCUGAACAAACAUGGGCUUGAACUUGCUGAACAUGCAGAGGGACCCCAAAUGGACGCUGAAGAUGAAAAAGUAAUGGGCGAGGUGGAGUCUGCGGUCGACAACUUCAAGAUGCCAUCAAAUCCAUCGAAAGUGAUACCUGCUGGUGCUAGGAAGGGCCUGGGAAAAGCAAGGAAGGCAUUUGGAAAACAUCUUGACGAAGAACUUCAACAGGACGAGCCGCCGCCGCAGAAUCCACAACCGAAGGAAGGUGACCCAGCAAAGAAGCCUGAGGGGGAUGGUGGUCAACAACCGAAAGUGCCUGAAGGAGAGUCGACACCACCACCUGUAGAUCCAACGGACCCGCCUCCAUCAAAUGCGUCAUUGGACGGAGGAGGGGGCGGAAAUGAUACAGAGACAACGCCACCAGUUUCGGGCAACUCUACAACGUCUGGGCCUGAGACUACAUCAGAAGGCGCACCGGGAAGUGACCCGUCAGGCGAGCCGCCAGUGGAGAAAACAGACCCGCCAGUGGUGGGGGGAUCUUCGAUUGCUCCUCCUUCUAAGACUUCUGGCAAGCCUCCACCUCCUUCAACAACAACAACCACUACACCUGCUCCAACAGAGAAGAGUGGUUCGGUGAUAGUCAUUGUCAUUAUCGUUGUUGUGCUUCUGUGUUGCAUUGUCGGAAUUGUUGCUUUCUUCCUUCUCUCAGGCAAAAAAUCGGAGGAUGAAGGGAAGGAAGGGGACGCUGAAGCGGGGACCAAGUCUAGUGCUUCUGCUGCUGGCGGCGCGGAAUCGGAGGCGAAAACAACCGAAGGAGCAGAUAAGAGCGCAACGGAGGAAGGCUCGAAGAAGGAAGACGCCGAGAAGAAAGAUGGGGAAGGUGAAGAAAAGACGGCUGAAUCUGCGGCUGAUGAGGGAGGUGCUGGAGGGACGACUGGAGAGGAAGGAACGGCAAAGGAGGCGGGAACUGAUGCUGAAGAUGCUGCUGAUGAUUCCAAACCUGCAAGCACGGAGGGUGGCGAAGAUGAGGGAGAGGGAGAAGGCGACGAGGAAGAGGUGAGUAAAUAAAACUUUUGUUUUUCCGGAAUGUU